AUCUUGUCACCUACCCACCAUCCCCCUCCCUCCUCCUCCUCCUCCUCCUCCUCCUCCCUCCAUUCAUUGCUCCCAUCCCGCCGGAGCUCCCCGCCGCUCCCCGCAGCGCCGCCGGGUCGCCGCCGCCGUGAUGGGAGGGGCCUCGCCGUCUCCCUCCUGCUCCUCUCGCUCCCCGCCGUCCUCCUCGCCGCCGCUUCUUCUUCUUCUUCGGUGGUCCCGCUGGCGGCGUCCAGUGCUGUGCCCAACGAGACGCUCAAUGGCGCCGGCGGUGCUCCCGCGAAGGAGGAGCCGCGAAAUGGAACGUGUCCUAAAGAUUGGGUAGUUGGCCCGAGCAAGGGGAAGUGCUUUCGCUUCUUUGCAACACGCCUUUCGUGGAAUGAUUCGGAGGCCUCCUGUAGAAAUGAGAGUGGACACUUGGCAGCUCUGGUAUCAAUCAAGGAAGUGAAUCUCACGCAACAGCUAUGCAAUAGCACCAGCAGCGGCUGCUGGGUUGGAGGAAGGAAGGUUAAUUCUUCUGAUAGUUUUGGCUGGAAGUGGUCGGACAAUUCUUUGCAGUGGAAUGAAUCCAUCUUCCAAAAUUUGACAUCAACAUCCAAUUGCUUUAAUACAACUUGCCAACUCAGUAGCUCUGUUGAUUCAUGUACACUGGUGACUAAUGGAUCUGCAUCUCUCUCUGUUGAAGAAUGUCGACAACUGCACUCUUUCAUUUGCGUGCGAGAAAUGGAAAGCAGGUGUUACCACAUGCACUGCCACAUGGAAUAUUUCAUCAUUCUUGUUGUUGUUAGUGGAGUAAUUUUUUGCACCACCUUGGCUGUUGUCCUCUGGCUUCUCCUUUACAAGCAAGGCAAAAGGCGCAGAAGGUCACGCAAAUUAUCCAAUCCAGCUGCUUCUGCAUUGGUUCCACCAUCGUGGAAAGUCUUCACUAAGGAGGAAUUGCGGUCAAUAACGAAGAAUUUCAGUGAGGGAAAUCGUCUACUUGGAGAUGCCAAGACAGGGGGAACUUAUACUGGACUCCUGCCAGAUGGUUCUAAGGUUGCGGUCAAGAGAUUGAAGAGGACUACUUUUCAGAGAAAGAAGGAGUUUUAUUCUGAAAUUGGAAGAGUCGCUAGACUUCAUCAUCCAAAUUUGGUUGCAGUCAAAGGAUGUUGUUAUGAUCAUGGUGACCGUUACAUAGUCUAUGAGUUUAUAGCUAAUGGGCCUCUAGAUAGAUGGUUACACCACAUACCAAGAGGUGGCCGGAGCUUGGACUGGGCCAUGAGAAUGAAAAUCGCCACAUCACUUGCUCAAGGAAUUGCAUUCCUGCACGACAAGGUCAAGCCUCAUGUGGUGCAUCGUGAUAUUCGUGCCGGUAAUGUAUUACUCGAUGAAGAAUUCGGAGCCCAUCUGAUGGGGGUAGGCCUUUCAAAGUUUGUGCCAUGGGAAGUGAUGCAUGAGAGGACAAUGAUGGCUGGUGGCACACAUGGGUACCUUGCCCCAGAAUAUGUGUACAGAAAUGAGAUAACUACAAAGAGUGAUGUGUAUAGUUUCGGAGUGCUCCUGCUUGAAAUUGUAACUGGGCGUAGGCCUGCACAGGCAGCUGACUCCGUCGGUUGGCAAAGUAUAUUUGAAUGGGCAACGCCUCUGGUGCAGGCUCACCGGUACCCAGAGCUAUUAGAUCCACUCAUAACUUCAUCUUCUUCUGCUAACAUUCCAGAAGCUGGAGAUAUUCAAAAGGUUGUGGACCUUGUUUACACGUGCACACAGCAUGUACCAUCCAUGAGACCGAGGAUGUCGCAUGUUGUCCACCAGCUGCAACAGUUGGUUCCGCCUGCUGUUUUGUAGUGACUAGCUAGUGCAUCAACACAAGGAUUUUAUUCGUUGUACUUUUUGUCUAGCAACUAACCGCUACAGAUUCUCUGGGGAAAUUAGAAACGUGGAUGAAGGGUUUAUCUUCCCUAACUGUUUGUAAUUUAGGUAAUUGAAUUCUGAAAGUGAGAAAGCAGUGUUCUAGGUAUGAAGGGAGAAUUUGGUCCUGUGGAUAUUGAUGUAGCAUGCACUUAGAAUUGGAUUUUGUUUUGAAAAGAACUCUGAAGUAGUUGGUACUC